UAAUCUAUCAAAAUUGUAAAACAUUUGAAAAUAAGCGUAAUCUCAUAUCAAACAAUCAAUACAUUAAUUAUUUUAAAUAAUGAUAAAAUUUCAAAUUUUCUUUAAUUUUGUUAUCACAUAAAUAGCAAGAGCAGAAGAUCUAGGUCUAUGGAAGAUUUACAUUUUUGUUAGAGAGCUUUGGCCGAAUAUUUCAACAAAAAUGGCUAACAUGCAUAUCCGAGACUGAUUAGUGAACAAUAAACUUGUUACAAACGAAUGUUAGAUGAUAGGAGAUAAAAAUGAUGCAAGCAGAGGAUGCACGAUAUCUUAAAAGGUAACUUGAUCUUUAGUUUCAAGUCAAACGAAAAUUCGUAUACCGUUUUAAGGGGUAACUAGGGACGCUUUUUUCUAUUCAUAAAAUCUAUACACUCUAUACUUUAAUUUUAAUUUAUUUUAACUUUUAAUAAUUUAAUUAUUAAUUUACUAAUUAAUACUAAUUUUACUUUUACAAAUUUAGUUUGAGACCUGAGUCUUCUUAGUGACUUAGUGCCUUUCUUUAUUAGUUUAGUCAAUGUAGACUUUUUUUAGACCUUUAUUUAUUUUGAAAGAACUUGUAUGAUAUUUUUUUAAGGCCUGUUGAACUAAUCGAAUUCUAUCGUCCCCAAAAAUGUAUUUUAUUUUUGGUGGAUCCUGCACUUAAAGUUUGUAAAAGUGUAUUUGAUGAAACUGUCAGUUAGGUCUUUAUUAUUUUUAAUAUUCACAAAAUAAUUUUUUAUUAUUCAAAUUUAUGAUGUUCUCAGUACAGUACACUGUGUAACUGUACUAGACUGUAGCACACAAACACAUGGUCAUGGUUUUAUGUUUCAUGUUGGGUGCUAGGUCAUAGAUUUUAGGUUUGAAGAUUUAUGCUCAAGUUAAGGGGACUAAAUUUAGGGGUAAAUUUACGCUCAAGGCUCAAGAUCUCACAGCUCCAGCAAUCGAACUUUCUUGAACUGGGGUGCUUAUAAUUUAACAUCCUAGAAACAGCCCUUCCCAUCCCAGGGUGGCAUCAGUUGCCCUCUAGUAGGGAUUUCUACAUUUGGUUUCUAAUUUGUGAGUAAGUGACAUUGCAGCUGGUACAUAGCGAACUAAAGCUAACUAAUAGUUAACUCCAUAUUGAUUUCACAGAUUUGAGGAAAAAAAAAAAGGGGGGGGGGGGAAUUUGAAGACAAAAUUAUGUACCCAUUUUUGCAAAUUUUACUUUUCAAAAUUUUUUAUUUUUUUUUAUUAAAUGCUAAAAAAUUUUUUCCUGUCUUCUUCAUUUGACAUACAAAAAUGAAUUUUCUUUUUGAAUAAACAGUCUUUAUUAACAAAGUCCUGGUAGUUUAUAAUUUUUUUUCUUCUUUGCAUCUGGUCACCAAAACAAUUUAUUACACAUUUAAUAAACAAAUUACGCAUUAUUAUUCUCACAACUUCAAAGUGUUGAAUUUAUAUAUUUAGAAACAAACAUUUAUAGAAGCCUCAUGCAUUUCUCUACAAAUUGAUAGCUACCAUCAUAAACUUUUGACAUGGAUUCUAAAAGUAAUUAACUCUUCUGUAAGGACAUUAAAAAUGAAGAAGAAAAAAGAGAAAAAUUCAAGGAAUGUAAAGAGCUACCCGAAAGUGAGGAAACCCUUAUUAACAUUAAUGGCAGAGCAUUUUCAUAUUUUAAAAUAAUGAAGUAAUUAUUCUGAUAAACCCUUCAUAAACAUAAUGUUAAAGUUCACAUUCAGAUUUAAACAUGAUUCCAUAAGCCCAAUUGUAUAUUUCAGCAUUUUAGUGGGUGGUGAAAUUAUAACAUAAUUUAUUUAUUCCAUUGUGAAAGGUCCAGAGAAGUAGCAACCUAAUCAUCCUAGCGCCGUGGUAUUUGGGGAAAAUAAAAGCCAUUGAAUUUUUUUAUGCAGUUCUAAUGUCAUUUACAUAAAUUAUGACACUUUAAUGAUUUACAUAAUGUGCAAAAAGGACCCUUUUUUACUGCGACAAGUGGUUGGGAACCACUGACUUAGACUAUGUCCCAGAUUUCUUUAAUUAUUAAUUACAUUAAAUUGUCAUAGGUUCUUAAAAUUCAAUUUUCUGAAUAUAAAGUAAGUUAAAUUCUUGACUUAUCACCUACUUUAUAUUGUUCAGAAAAGUUAAAGGUGGGAGCAUAGAUGUUCAUCCAACUGAGAAAGCUCUAGUGGUCAACUAUGAACUUGAAGCAACCAUUUUGGGUGAGAUGGGCGAUCCCAUGCUUGGUGAAAGAAAGGAAUGCCAAAAAAUGUAAGUCUAAGCCAAACCACCUUUUUAUUUUUGUUGUUGACUCCUUUUACCAGGUUCCCCAAUCAAUCUACUUAUUACCAAGUUAAUAUGUCUUGAAAACACAUCUUAAUGUUCGUGCGUCAACACUUGUUAAUAUUGGUUCUUCAUUUAUAAUACUUGUUGUAAUUCUUUGACAUCAUCUAGAAUACGAGUGAAAGGCUUGCAUGAGGACAGUGAUCUCAGUACUUUGGCAAAAGAAAUUAUUGAGAAAUGUAAACUCAUUCAUCCUAGCAAGCUGCCUGAAGUAGAGCAACUACUUUAUUACCUUCGGAAUAGGAAAGAGACAGCACCAGCCAUAGGUUGGUAUAUUUUUAAACUGUUCACCCUGUCCGAGUCAGUAGUUUUUUUCCCGUCUUCUCUUUCAACAUGUAUUAAGACAAAAGAUAUAUCUUUUUAAUCAUCUUACUCAAAGAAAAUUUUUUAUUUUAAGAUUUUUAAAAUUACCCACCCAGUAGCUGACAACCAACAAAUAUUCUCACAAAAGUUAUGUAAACGCAUUUGAAAAAUAACCACUUUUUAUCCAAAUACUAGUUUAUUAUUUAAAUUGAUUUAUUCUUUGUUUUUAAAUCCAAAUAAUCUAUUUUGGUUUUGGAGACUACAAAAAAGGGGAUUCCUAUUUUUAAAAAAAAACAAUCUUACUAUUGUGUGCCCUGCAUUUAUUGGCCAAUAUUACGUUAUUUUAAAUUGUGAAAUAUUUGUUCUAAGUCAAGUCUUUUCGCAUUACCUGCAACAGUCUCAGGAAAAACAAAGCUGUCAGACAAGCCUGGAGACCCAGCAUUUGGUGAUGGCACAGAAGUGGAUGAGGUGGCCAAUAUUAAUGAUGUUGACGAAUACCUGGAGAUGCUCUAUGAGGAACUUCCUGAGAAGGUCAAAGGCUGUGCUCUGAUUCUUCAACUUGCUCGCAACCCUGACAAUCUGGAGGAGCUAUUUCAAAAUGGUAACUUGGUCAUGAACUUGUGUAACAUAAUGUUUAUUUAGUUGGUACAUUUUUAACCAAAAAUGGUGAUAACAAUGUUGAGUCCUCAUUAAAAUAACUCUAAAUGAUCCCUCAGAAACUGUCGUCAGUGCACUUGUCAGGCUGCUGAGAGAAGAGUGGAAACGCAGCACAGACCUGGCCACAAACAUCAUCUACAUCUUCUUCUGUUUCUCAUCCUUCUCUUCAUUCCACGCUGUAAUCCUUCACUUCAAGAUGGGGACGUUGUGCAUGACCAUCAUACAGCAUGAGCUCAAGAAGCACGAACUCUGGCAAGAUGAGCUGAACAAGAAGAAAAAAGCUGGUAAAAGAAUUUUCCAGGCUAAUUCUGCUUAAUAUGUAGAAGUACAAACCAAAAUCAUCGGAACUGUUUAAUGUGUGUAGUUAACUGAAAAAAUUCAUUUGUAAAAAUACGUAAGUAAUCUGCUUGCUUUUUGUAUGAAAUAUUAAAAGGGAUAACAAAAUAUUUGAGUUUUCAUAAUCUGGAUCAAAAUCUUGUGAUUAAAUUUUCAUUUUAAGCAAUGUUCAAAAUCAUAUUAAGAAACUCCUUGUAGCUAUGUUAAUGUGAAACACCAUUCCCCGUUCUUCUCUGAAUCUCCUUCAGCUGUAACAAUUUAUUAUUAAUGUCAUAUUACAUUAAGUGUUACAUCAAACAUAUUGCAGCUGAUGCUGAUAAGAACAACACCAAGCUAAAAGAUGAUUAUGAGAAGAGUCUGAAGAAAUACGAAGGUCUCGUCAGGAAACAAGAACAGUUACUGCGAGGUUAUUUUCUCUUUGUUUGGUAGAACUGUUAUUUAAGUGUUUUAUCGGAGUCAAUGAAAAUAUAUUGUUUUUAUCAUAAAUCAAUUACUUUCUUAUUAAGUUAAGUAUUUAAAAAAAAAUAUAACUGUUCUCUUAAUCGCUCAUGGAAAUAACAACUACAGAUGUUUUUAAAGAUGUGUGAUUAAAAAUCGGGGUCAUAAAAGUGUCAGAUAUUUGAGGGUAAUCUAUUUAUAGGUUGACAUUUUUUUUUUAUGGUUGGAUAUAAAAUACUUUUGAUUUGUUCACUCUUAAUCUUAAGUGGCCUACUACCUGCUGCUGAAUCUAGCCGAGGACCUCAGUGUGGAGCUCAAGAUGAGAAACAAGGGCAUUGUCAGAAUGCUGGUCAACACACUGGACAGGAACAACUUUGAGCUGCUCAUAUUGGUCGUGUCCUUCCUCAAAAAACUCAGCAUUUUCUUUGAAAAUAAGAAAGAAAUGGCAAGUCGGGAAGGCAUUUUUUUCCUCUAAUUUAAUCAUUUAAUUUUUGUGAAAAUCCAUCAUUAUGAUUCCUUAAAACAAAGCUUGACAAGUAACUUGACGACCACCACAUAUUCAUUCUAAAAUUUUGAUAUCACACAAUACCAAGUGAUUGUGUUUUUAAACUAAUAAUGUCAAAGGCUUUCCUAUCGGAAAAUAAAGACAAGAUAGUCAGCUUAAUUUUAUUAUUUAGAUGCAGUGGGAGUUGAUAAUUUUGUCCACGCCAUUGUUUUAAACAUGGGUAUGCUAUAAUUUCAUCAAGGGAAGUAAUAAAACUUUAAAAACCUUUUAACCCCUAUCAGGUUGACCUAAACAUUGUGGAAAAGCUGACCAAAUUAGUCCCAUGUGAGCAUGAAGACCUACUCAACAUCACCAUACGGCUGUUGUUGAACCUCAGCUUUGAUCCUGACAUACGCAGCAAGGUCAUCAAAUUCGGUCUCCUGCCAAAACUGGUCAAUUUACUAAGUAGGGCCCAAAUAUGAUCUCUGUACCUCCUGAUAAUACUAAUUGUGAUCAGUAAAAUCUACCCUACCAACAUGAUAAAUCACCUUGCUAUUAUUAUUAAGUAUUUAAAAUACGAGGGAGCUAAACUUUUAAAAUUUAAAAAUGGCGAUUCCUUAUGAUAGCCUGCACACCACAAAUUAUGGAACUAGUAAUUGAUACUCUGCUAGCUCCAAAGCUAUUUUGACAGCAGUGUCAAAAAGUCACUUGAGAGCACAAGUCUGUUGAAUGCUAAAUAGUGCUUCCAGUGAAGCAAGCAGUCGAUCGGCACUGUCUGCUGUGCUGGCAAAAUCAUUGUUGUAUGUUAUCUCCUCAGCCAAUGAGAACCACCGACACUUGGUGCUGUCUAUCCUCUACCACAUCAGCAUGGAUGACAAGGCCAAGUCAAUGUUCACAUAUACAGACUGUAUCCCUAUAGUAAGUGAGGCAUUGUCGAUGGAGUAAUAUCAUCAUCAUCAAUGGAACAGAGUUCCCAAACCCAAGUUGUUGACAGUGUGGCUCUCAUGAAUAGGUUGAGGACUCAUCAUUUAUAUUUUCUAUACAUUGUUAAGCAUAAGGGUGGAAGUGUAAUAGAUCUCAAUACAAUUUAAAUUUACUUGAACAGAAGCAAGCAAUUUAAAGCAAUCUAAUAUUGUAGGUAUACCUGAGUUAUUCAAGCCAUAUUUGAAAAAAAAAUGAGUAAAUUGCACAAAUUAAAGUGCAUUGAGAGUAGACGCUCCUGCCUAAGUAAAGGCACAUAACUCCAUUUAAAAUAUAUGUAAAACAUGCAAAAUCAAAUUUAUUAUUUAAAUUUGUAUCAAAAAAUAAAAAUUAAAGAAAUUUAAUUUAAAAAAUACGGUUAUUUUGAGAAGAACCUUCUGAUUAAAAUAUGACCAUGUGCAUUUUCCCUUACUGUCUACCGAUAUAAAAGUACUGAUUUUUAUAGCCUGUUUCAGAUAAAUCUUCAACUAUAAGCUCAUCCCUUUUACUUUGUACAUCAAUUUCAAUAAAUUCUGCAUCCUUCUGUUUGAUUUUUUUUUAUCAUCUAAACUUUCUAAUCAAGUAAACUUAGCGUGAGUUUGCAUUUGAACUUAGAAACCGUGUUGAACUUUGAACGUUCAUAACUUUUUAAUGAAAGAAGAUAAAGCCAUACAGAUUUCUUCUUUUUAAAAAGUGUCUUUCUCGCCAGAGCAGCAGUCAAUUUUAGUAGACGAAUGUAUGGUAGGUUUGUUGCCAGGCAUCCCAAACAAGCAUUGCACAUGACAAUCUGUCAGUCAUGCCACCUCCCAGUGUAGUAGACAGGCCCUAGUGGGAAUCUGGAAGGCAACAGAGGGUGCUAAUCGCAGGAGGAGGUCAAAGUUAAGAUAAAUCUUGCAUAAUCAGCAAUUAAAAAUGACCUAUGAAGUAAAGAACAACUAAUAUUAUCUUGGUCAAUUAUAAUUCUCACUGUUUGUGCUUUUGGUUUUUCAUUGUUCUUUUGACAAAACUGGUCAUAUUAUUAUAUGACUCAAAGUAAAUGUUGUAAAGUUAGUCUAAGUGAUCAAUUCUACAAACAAAAAAAAAAGCACUGGUUGUUAACUGAUUCCAUAAAUGAAAAAGCAAUUAUUACGAACAUAUUUUCCAACUUUCUAACACUUAAUAUAGUUAAAAAUUAUUUCUUCAGCUUAAUUUCACUUGGAUAAUUUAUUGAAAUGCAGAAAUUGUGGGCCCAUUUCUACAUUACUGACAUGCCUGAAAGAAAAGUGCUUUUUAAAAAAGAAAUUCUGUUUUUAAAUGCUUUUAUUGCAUCUAUAUUAAUUUAUGCAUAUAUUUUCCUGGUUUCCCCAGGCUAUGAAAAUGCUGCUGGAAAGUUCUGAAAAGCCACUGAUUCAACUUUUAGCCCUGUGCAUAAACCUGGCCGCCAACAAGCGAGCCGCACAGCUCAUCUGUGAAGGGCCUGGUCUGAAACUGCUGAUGAAGCGUGCUUUCAAGUUCAAGGACCCGUUUGUCAUGAAGAUGAUCAGAAACCUGUCUCAACACACUGGACCCAGCAAAAACCUUUUCAUUGUUAGAUUUUUAUUUUUAAUUAACUUUAAAUUUUUAAAAAAGAACUUAGAAAUGAUUAUGAAUAAGAAAUAGUUGGCCAAGUAUGUUUUUGUUCUCUGAUGAAACUGACAUAGGUCUUACUUUGUGUGUCUUUCCAUUUCCUGUUUAAAGUAGUGUUACAUCCAGGCUGCGAAGUAUCUAAUUCACUAGUUAAUUAGUGACACGUUUUAAUCACUAAAAGUUAUUUUAACCUUAAUUCAAGUUGUUCUUUGUUUUUUUCAGGACUACAUCUCAGAUCUGUGUUCCCAUAUCCUUAAAUGGGAAAAUGAAGAUUUCAGCUUGGAGUGUUUGGGAAUUCUUGGGAAUCUGACCAUCCCUGACCUGGAUUAUGAGCUUAUCCUCAAGGAGUAUAACCUGAUUCCUUGGAUCAAGAACAAACUACAGCCAGGUUUGUUGCAUGAUGAGGUUUCAAUCAGCUCACAUAAGAAGUAACCACCAGCCCACAUAAGUAAACUACCGUCCGAAAUAAGUGAACUACCAGCCCAUAUAAUUAACUACCAGCCCACAUUAGUAAAAUACCAGCCUAUAUAAGUAACUAAUCAGCCCACAUAAGUAAACUACCAGCCCAAAUCAGUAACUGACCAGCCACAUAAGUAACUUACCAGACCACAUAAGUAACUAACCAGCCCACAUAAGUAACUAACCAGCCCACGUAAGUAAACAUUCGGCUGAGCAACACAACAAAUACACAACUGCUUUAUGAAAUAAAAAAUUGCGAUAUUUUUAAGAUAGUCGUUAUGUUAACAAUUUUGUGGAACUCAAAAAAUGUGAAAAGAUGAACAUAGAAAAAACAUUAUUUAAAUUUAAAAAAAAAACAGUUGAGUUAAUGCAAUAAUUUUACGUGAUCACAAGAGUUAAUAUUUCUGUUGGCCCUUUAGUUGGACCCCUUUGUUUCAGAAUUGAUAAAGAGAUAUCUUAAGAGGUUUAAUAUUAAGCAAUCUUUACGGUAGUUUAUUUUUCCCUUUGAUGUUGAAGUCAGUAACAUAAUCCCCAGGUGCUGCUGAGGAUGAUGUGGUGUUGGAGGUUGUUAUUUUAGUGGGGACAGUGUGUAGUGAUGACGCUUGUGCCAAGCUACUUGCUGACAGUAACAUCAUACACCUUCUUAUUGAACUACUCAACGGUAAGCCCUGCCAGCUCAUGCUGUCAGCAAUAUCUGACACUUAGAAAAGCGUUUGUUUUUUAAAUUUAUAACAAUCAUAUAAUCUUUUUAAUAAAUUAAACAUCUAUAAACUUAUGCAAUAUAACCUUUUAAAAUGGAUUGUUGAAUAAUACUAAAUAUAUUCCUCCUGAAUUUGUAACUUUAAAAUCUUAUUAGAUCACUGGUUUUUUUUUGUUGUUUUGUUUUAGGAUAAUAUACAGGGGCCUGCAUUCAUCCAGUGUUUAAAAAAAAUUUAAUUAAAAAUCAAACCAUUUUAAAAAAACAAUUAUAAUUACAUUGGGAUCUAUAAAAUGUUUGUGUCAAUUACUACAUCAUUCUUGGCAAAAGUUGAGGAUUUUUGCUAAUAAUGUAAUUAGUGGUGGAAUAAAAGGGUUUACCUGCUAGGCAUUCACCGGCGACAGCUGUUUUCUCCAUGCCAAAAUUUUAUAAAAUUAAUAGAAAUUUUUUGGAACAUUGGGGAUACAAUAAUUAGAGUAUAUAUUUUAUUAUGUCUGAUCAUUAAAUUACAUUUUUUUUAUUAUAUUUGUUUAUUUUCCAGCUAAACAAGAAGAUGACGAAGUAGUUUGCCAGAUUGUCUAUGUCUUUUAUCAGAUGAUUUUUCACGAAGCAACCAGAGAAAUCAUCAUAAAGGAAACACGUAUCCAUGAAAUUUACAAUUUAUCACAAUAAAAAUAUUACAUAGAAUUUAAUGUUUUCAUAAGUGUUUAGGGAAAACUUUUAAGAAUUAACAUUAUAAAAAUGGAAGGUUGUUGAUCUUAACUGUCAUCAGAGGCACCGGCGUACCUGAUUGACUUGAUGCAUGACAAGAACGCUGAGAUACGGAGUGUGUGUGACAAUACUUUAGACAUGAUUGGGGUAAGUUAACACACUGAGAUAAAGAGAGUGGGACAAUAUUUUGGAUUUGAUUGGGGCGUCGAGUAUGGGAGGUCAUUAAUAAUUGUUGCGACUGGAUAUUAUGUUUGAUUACGCGUGUUGUGUUUUUGAGAGAUUAAUUAGCGAGCGCUUUUCCUGCGCUUGACUUUGUGAUGUAUUUUUAUGCUCAUUAUAAAGUAUUUUCUAGUCUGUUUUGUGUCAUAAGUUUUAUUCGUGCAGCAGUCGUGAAAGGAACUUUGUGGAAGAAGGUUGUGUUUCAUUUCUCUCUGAUAGUGAGCUGUGCUAUACAUGACUAUGGAAUUAACAGUCUGUGAAUUUACAUUAUAUAUUAAAGUUGCAUUUAUUAUGAAAAAUGAUUUGAGUUGAUUCAGUUAUAGUACGACGUAUUACAACGUGCAAAAGAACUUUAUGAAUUAACCAAUCUAGUAUAAACAGGAGUUUGACAGGAAGCUAACAUCCUGAGAUACAUAGUGUGGGCAAUUUACUGUAGAAAAUACUGGUACCAUAACAAUAAUUCUGAUAAUUCAAAAAGUUUUCAAGAUCGCACAUUCUGUAAAGUCAAUGAAAAUGCUCUAUUCAUUCCAAUUUCAUUUAAAAACAAAACAAACACACCUUCAAGCCAACUGACUUAUGAAUACUUGUUAUAAUAAAGUGCGAAAUUUUGAAAAAUAUUUUACUUUGAAUUUGUAAAUAGAAAUUUAUCCCGUAGUUAAUUUUAAAAAAUGUGCAAUUUUAAAUAUGUAUUUAAAAAGUGAAGACUUUACAAAAAACCUAUCCAUAAUAAGUGCUCUAAAUAAAAUGACUAAACAUCUAAUUUUUAAAGAUUUCUCUUGUCUCUCUCUCUCUCUCUCAUUUAGGAAUUUGAUGAGGAAUGGGCCAAAAAAAUACAGUUGGAAAAGUUUCGCUGGCACAAUUCUCAGUGGCUGGAGAUGGUUGAGUCAAGGCAAGUGGAUGAGUUUGCCGACUCAGCUUACAUGUAUCCUGAUGAGCCAGGGUUCGACCCCUACCUGCAGGAUGCUGACAUUUUAGAUCGGCCUGAUUUGUUUUACGGUAAAUAUGUUCAGUAGUCUGAGUUAACUUACUUUUAAAGGGAUGCAGCUUAAACCAAUAUUUUGAAAAAGAUCACUCAUUUCAAUUUUUAAAAAAAGAUUACCAAGUUAAAAAGUAAUUUAAAAUGAUUUGAAUAGAUUACCAAGCUACAUAGUUAUUUAAAUGACUUGUACUGGUAUUAAUAUCAUAAGGUCAGCUCAUUGUUCUUAAAUUUUAUUUUGCUUCAGUCUUUCAACUGUUAUAACCACUAAAUGUGCAGACUGGGUAAUUCCUGUUAACCCAUGGUUGGUUAGUUUUACCAUGCAGCAUAAGCCAUAACAUAAAAAUAGUCAAUUUUUAAUUAUUUAUAUUUGUUUUGACUUGGUUUAAAGCAGUGAUCGGCAAAUCAGGGCUUGGCUAGCCGGACAGAAAUCAGUUUUGACUCUUGAAAAUAAAUUUGGCUCUCAACAUUUUUUUAAUCUUCCUGCUGCUGAUUUUUGACUCGUUUGACGAAUGAGUUUGCUAACCAAUGGUUUAGAGAAAUUUUGUGUAAAAAAUUUAAAAAAUACUAAAGAAUACCUAGUUAAGUUUUCAUUGGAUAUUCCUAAUGUGGUUUACUGAAGUAUUUUCAGGAAAAAAAACCCAGUAGCAAUACAAAAGUUGGUAUUUACAAAAUAAAUAAAUGGCACUAAUCAUUCAUUUUUUCCCCUCCAGAGGGUUAUGAGAAUAACGGACAUUUGACACCAGAGUACAUCGAUGAUGCUGGGACGUAUGGAGAUUUCUACCUACAGCAACCUUAUGGGUAAAAAAAUUUUAAAUUAUAAAAUUUGAAAUCAGUUAUCAUGAAAGAAGAAACAGUUAAAAAAAAUUUUUUACAUCAAACCUAAACUGUUCGCUGCAUUAUGUGCCAAACAGUUAGUUGCAACAUGUGCCGUACUGUAACUUAGUUGCAAUAUGUGCUAUGGAGAAACUAACAUGAAAUAAAUUAACAUCAGAGGAAUCAGUACAGUCACCCAGAGGACAAUAAUAGGGAUUCAACUGAUUAUCAUUAGUAAAGGAAAAGUAAAGUGGAACACCGAUUAUAAAUUCUGUCACUUAAUAGAGUUAUAAUGUUAUACAAUCUGUUAGAUCAGUGGUUCUCAACCUGUGGGUCGCGACUCCUUUGGGGUAGCAUGACCUUUUCCUAGGGGUGGCAUAAGACAAUCUGAAAACACAUAUCCUUACAGCUAUAAAGAAGCAACGAAAAUAAUUGUGUGGUUGGGGUCGCCACGACACGAGAAACUGUAUUAAAGGGUCGCGGCACUAGGAAGGUUGAGAACCACUGUGCUAGAUGAAUUUCUUACUGUAAAGUAGUCAUUUUUAAAUCCAUGGCAUUUCCAGGUUAUAGUGAACAGAACACUGUACAAAAUUAGUUAAUUUUUUUUUUUUAGACUUAUUGAAAAUUUAAUCUAAUCACUUGGUUCAAAACAUUUUCUGCAGAUAUGAAACUGAUGACCCAUACGUUCGACCAGAAGGCCAUCUCGGCUUUGCUCCAGAUGGUCACCCCCCGGACGUAUUUGGACGUGGCCUUGACCCUUAUGGUUCAGAUUAUGGCCAAUAUUUAAAUGCAGAUCCCGAAAAGAACCCCAUGUACAGGGACUAUGGAUAUCGAUAACUGGCUGGGCAUAUGUCUGUGUGUUUAUGUACAAAAUAAAACAGUGCUGCUCUUGACUAAUCAUAUAUAGAAUUAAACAUUAUGUAUGUAUACAAAUCAAAAGCUAGGAACAAAGAUGAACUUUUGUUUUGUAUCUUAAAUCAGACUUUGAUUAUACCCUGAAAAAAGAAUAACCAUGAAACUUGUUUUUUUGAAAACAAUUUAAAAAACAAACAGAUAAUUUUUGUGUGUGUCGUUGUGACUACUAAAAAAAAUGCCUGAUUUCUGGGCCAUUUAAACAUUUUGAGACACUCUAUUUACACUUCUACAAUUUAAAAUAACUUCUAAUUAAAGUAGGUUAAGAAGGCUUGAAGAUAAUGUCCACCUUUUAUUUUGCCUUGCAAUACAUUUUUAUACAUUAUUUUUUUAUGACUUCUACAAUCAUUUCUCAAUAUUUAUUUGUCUAUAAAUAACUUGAAAAUUCAAAUUUGUGUAAAUUUAAUUUAAAAAAUUUGAAAACCUAAUGAUGUAUCAAUUUAAACAAAAAAUCUAAUCAUAACAAGUGAGUAUACAAAUAACUACUGAAUUUGAAAACAAUAAAAAUUUAUUUAAAAAAUAUUUAUUCCUGGCGGGAAAGUGAUUGUGGGAUUUAAAAAAAACCUGUGAUAUGUGUGAAUGUUUCAUGAAAGUCUACACAUUGAGAUCUGCGUUCAAAUAAAAUCAAUUUACACGUGAGAAUUAAAAACAAAAAAAGCUAAAUAUUUCAGUUCCGUCCAUUUAUUCCUGACAAAAUGUAUUUUUGUUUAUUAUUUAUUUAAAACUGGAUUGCAUAUUAUUUUUUAUUAUUAUUGAUCUUCAUUGGGUUGAAAUAUCUGACAGUAAAAUGACAAUAAAACUUAAAACAUUUAUAUCAAUGGAAUGUUUUAGUAAAAUAUUUGUGUUGAGGUGACAAAAGAUUGUAAAUUUUGAGUUGAAUGCCAUCACAUUGCUACAAAAUAUUUUGUUAGAAAGCAGACUUAUAAAAUUGUGUAAUCAAAUCUUUAGGUCAAUUUUAGAUUAUAUAUUUUUAGAUAAUUUACAGAUACAUAUUCUGCAGUUUUAAUAAGUGAGGUUGAUUAUAAUCUAUUUGCCAGUUUAGGGAGACAGAUUUUUAAUUCAAUUAAUUCAAGCU